CCGCCAUGCCCUUCUGGGACCUGCAGCGGCAGCUGGGCAUCGACGUGGACCGCUGGCUGCUGCGGCAGAGCACGGCGCAGCCCUACGGCUCGGCCGCCGCCUGCCACGCGUUCGAGCGCGAGUGGGUGGCGUGCGGGCACGGGCUGGGCCGCACGCGCGCGGCCCGCGAGUGCGCCAUCGAGUACGAGGAUUUCCUCGAGUGUAUGCACCGCACCAAGAUGGCCGCCCGGCUCAAAGCGAUCCUGGAGCAGCGCAACAAGCUCAUGCGGGAGGGCCGCUACUCGCCGCCCGAGCACCACCAGGGCAAGGAGGAGCCGCGGCCCUGA